AUGGACUACAAAGCCAAGGCUGUUGCAGGUCUCCUGGCAGCAACCUGUGUCUUCAGCAUCAUUGCCCUCAUUCUGAGCGUCGUGAACGUGAAGAACGUGUUUCUGCCUCCCAGCAUCAAGUACGGCCUGGUGUUUGAUGCCGGCUCCACGCACACAGCUCUCUACAUCUACCGGUGGCCUGCGGACAAGGAGAAUGGCACCGGCAUCGUCUCCCAGGUGGAGGCUUGCACCGUGUCUGGACCCGGCAUCUCCAGCUACGCAGACGACCCCGCUGGGGCUGGAGCCAGCCUGAAGCCCUGCCUGGACAAGGCCAUGAAGAUCAUCCCAGCAGAGCAGCAGCGGGAGACCCCCACCUACCUGGGGGCCACAGCGGGCAUGCGGCUGCUGAGGGAGCAGAACAGCACCAAGGCCGAGCAGGUCUUCGCCGAGGUCACCAAGGCCAUUGGCAAGUACCCUGUGGACUUCCGCGGAGCUCAGAUCCUCACGGGGAACGAGGAGGGCUCCUUCGGCUGGAUCACCAUCAAUUACCUGCUGGAGACCCUUGUCAAGUUUUCCUUUGCAGAGAAAUGGGAACAUCCGCAGGACGCAGAGGUGCUGGGAGCUCUGGACCUUGGAGGUGCCUCGACACAGAUAACCUUUCAGCCUGGAGUCACCAUUGAGGACAAGAACACCUCCGUCUUCUUCAGGCUGUACGGCACCAACUACUCGCUCUACACCCACAGCUACCUCUGCUAUGGGCAGACUCAGGCCUUGAAGAUGCUGCUGGCAGCUCUCCACCAGGGCAGCCCGUCUUCCCAGCAGAUAUCGCACCCCUGCUACCCCAAAGGAUACCAGGAGAACGUCACCACGACAGACCUCUACGACAGUCCCUGUGUCCGUGCACCGAGCACCCCCAGCCCCGCACCGGUCCUCACAGUGAUGGGGACAGGGGAUCCGACGGCGUGCAGCACCGCCAUCCAGAAACUCUUCAACUUCAGCUGUGGGGCCAACAGGACGUGCGGGUUCAAUGGGGUUUAUCAGCCGCCCGUGCGGGGACAGUUCUUCGCCUUCGCUGGGUUCUACUACACCUUUCGCUUCCUGAACCUGACCAGCCAGCAGUCUCUAAGCGACGUCAACUCCACAGUCCAGACUUUCUGCAAGAAGAACUGGGCAGAGCUGGUGGAGACCUUCCCGCAGCAGAAGGGGUACCUACACACAUACUGCUCCGUGGCGAUUUACAUCUUGACGCUGCUGCUCGAUGGCUACAAGUUCAAUGAGCACACGUGGAGCAGCAUCCACUUCAGCCGGCAGGCAGCAAACACGGACAUCGGCUGGACACUGGGCUUCAUGCUGAACUUCACCAACAUGAUCCCCACGGAGGCUCUGGAACACGUCAAGGGGCACCAGCCCAGUCUGUGGGCAGCUGCCGUCUCCUUCAUUGUGCUGGCCAUAGUGGCAGGCCUGGUGGCCACUUUCCUCCAGUGUUUCUGGAAAACCAAGUAG